GCCCGUCCUUGCGUUUCCAUAUCCUACUUUUUUCAAUCCUUCAGCUAAGAGCUGUUUCCCUUCUGGGGCAAUCGUCUUGAUCGUUAAUCGCAAUGUCGAGUAUCAUCUUUUCACAAAUGGGACCCUCGUUCUACUCUUGUGUAUUCUUCUUCUUCUUCUGCCUACUAGGUAGCGUGAUUCCCCUUGUCGCCGGCCAGACGCGACCGAGUUACCAUAUAAUUCCCCAAACUAAAUGAAUGAACGACCCUCAACGUCCAUUCUUUGUGAGAGGUGAAUACCAUCUCUAUUACCUCUGGAACUCCGAUUGGAACACGUCGCAUUCCACAGGGGGCGGAACAGAGUGGUAUCACGUUACUAGCUAUGACAUGGUGCAUUGGACUCGCCAGGGUGUGGCGAUUCGGAAAUACCAACCCAACCCUUCCAGUGGUGUGAUCUUGGGCGACCUCUGGAGUGGCAGCUGUGUAGUUGAUACACGCAACUCAACCGGCUUUGGUCAAGACGCAGUUAUUGUUAUUGUCACUCAAGCGCAAGACGACAUCCAACAGCAGUCUCUUUUUUAUUCCCAGGACACCGGGUACACUUUCAGUGCAUAUGACAAGAACCCUAUACUCCCAAAUCCUGGUCCGGAAGCCAAACCAGCGUUUCGAGAUCCUAAAGUUAUCUGGGAUGACAAAGCAGGGCAUUGGGUCACUGCACUCGCAGAAGGAAGCAAAAUCGGCUUCUAUACGUCGUCGGAUCUUAAAAUUUGGAACUAUGUAUCGGGUUUCUCGCCUAUAGACUCCGGUGUUGACUUGGGUCUGCUCGAAUGUCCAGAUUUGUAUCAAAUCGACCUUGAUGGCAACACCACGGCACGUGUUUGGAUCCUCGCUGCCAGUGCUAAUGGAUAUUUACAUGGGAAGACGACAGGUACGGUUUACUGGGUCGGAACCUGGAACGGAACCCAUUUUACAACCAGGAACAGCUUCCCGCAGUGGAUGGAUGAAGGUCCGGACUUUUACGCCACCGUCAGCUGGGAGAAUCCCAACGAUAAAUAUGGCAGCCGCUAUGCCAUUGGCUGGAUGAACAAUUGGGAGUACGCUAACACGUUGCCGUAUUAUAAUGACUAUGCAGGUCAGAUGAGUUUAGUACGGGAGGUCAAAUACCGGACAAUAAAUGGAAUUCCUGCUUUGGUAAGCCUUCCAAUUGCGGGGUAUGAUGCUGUCUUUUCAAGACAAGUUUCAGUUUACGGGACGACGAUCACAACAGACCCGGCGACAGCAUCACUUCCUGCCAAUCUCACCAGAGGUGCCUAUGUCAUUCGAGCCAAAAUCUCCAAGGCUCGUUAUGAUGAUGGUAACCAAGUUCAUAUCCGCAUAAAAUCAAAUGAGGGUUACAACACAACAAUCGGUUAUGACUUUGCCGAAGCCCGUGCAUUUUUAGCUAGAGACUCUGACGGCACCGCUUCGGAUGCUUUGGGAUCGGAACCGAAAAAGGUUUGGGACGCGGUACGCAGUGGGGUGAAUCAUGCUGGUGGGAGCACAGUUCAACUGGCAAUUUAUGUCGAUUAUAAUUCGGUUGAGGUGUUCGUGAACGAGGGUGUCCCAACGUUAUCAGGGCUCAUCUACCCAAAUCAAGGCGCAGAGGGGAUUGAAAUUGUGUCAGAUGUCGGAAACUUAACCUUGACUUUGUUGACUUGUGCUAGCUUCACAGGUUAGCUACUGCCGCAAUAGCAACACUAGUCUGGCAAACGGGUAGGACCCACAUUUUUUUCAAAAAUUCAUAAUUAAUUCCACGCUAGUCCAAAUCGCGCUAAUAGUGGCUCAUUUUACUCCGCUGGCCUAGCGCAUUCUAUCAUGUAAUACACUACUAAGCCGUAUCUCUUAUAAUUAAAAAGUUAUUUAGCAACCAG